AGACGAUGAGUGUAUGAGACAGCCUGUAUGAGUGGGCUCAGUUUUAUGAUCUAAUUUUAAUGGUUGUAUAUUGACACUUCCUUGAUUUUUUAAUCGGAAAACAUAGUGUAUAUCAUGGAUGAAACAGAAGUAACCACUUUUUUUACAAAAUGUAUGGCAGAAGAUCCUGACAUGUCAUCAGCAGUGGCGGCUAUACACACACUGAUAGAAUAUAUGAAACUCAAUACAGCUGAGACGUUAGCUGGUUUAAGAGCCAUGUUAAAGGAGUGUAUUGAAAGACUGACACAUACUGACUGUACAAUGGUGACAUCUGUCUCUUCAGGAUGUGAACUCUUCCUUAGAUUCAUUACAUUAGCAUCAUUAGAACAUUCAAAUUUCCAAGAGUGCAAGAAAAUACUGAUUGAACGUGGGCAGCUAUUUCUGAAUAAUGUUGCUAAUGCAAGACAGAAGAUUGCAAAGUUAGGAAAUCCCUUCAUACAAGACGGCAGUACAAUACUAACACAUUCGCAUUCAAGAGUGGUUUUAAAAGUUCUUAAAGAAGCUGCUGCUGCAAAAAAACGAUUCAAUGUCUUUGUCACUGAGUCCUGUCCUGAUAAAUCAGGAUUGAAGAUGGCUAAUGAUCUCAGAGAGGUUGGAAUACCAGUAACUGUAAUAUUGGAUGCUGCAGCAGGGUAUGUGAUGGAGAAAGUUGAUAUGGUGUUAGUUGGUGCAGAGGGUGUGGUGGAGAGUGGUGGCAUUAUAAAUAAGGUCGGUACAUAUCAGAUAGCUAUAUGCACCAAGGCAGCAAACAAGCCACUCUAUGUCGUAGCAGAGAGUUUUAAAUUUGUCAGACUUUAUCCACUCAACCAACAAGAUGUACCAAAUGAAUUUAGGUACCGUGCAUCUACCCUUGGCAGUAAAAGUAACCUUCAAGAUGAACACCCAAUCACUGAUUACACACCGCCAUCAUAUAUUACACUAUUAUUCACUGAUUUGGGCGUAUUAACACCAUCAGCAGUUAGCGACGAACUCAUUAAGUUGUAUCUUUGACGAAGAAAAAAUAAAAGCACUCAUGCUGUAGAUUUUCUGAAAA